CUUAAAAGGUGCCGCCGCCGGUGAAAUCGCGUUUUCGACACUCUCGACUCAAUGGCCGUUCCAAGCAGUGCUAGGGCAUUUCCGUCCUUCCAAUGCCGUUCCGAUCCCGACUUCUCCGGCGGCGUUCCACGUCAUGACCUCCCUAACGCCGGCGUUCGUUUUUCAGUUAAGGUCAAGUCGUUGAGUCGUGGAUCUUCGGUUCACGGUAUGUCUUCUCUGAUCCUUCGCUUCCCGCCCAACUUCGUAAGGCAGCUCAGCGUUAAAGCUCGUAGGAACUGCAGUAACAUCGGUUUAGCACAAGUUGUUGCGGCUUCCUGGUCUAAUAACCACGCUUCUCCUGACUUUACUCCGGCGGCUAAGGCCGUAGAUGCCGCCUCCAUUGCUCCUUUUGAUAUUACCACAGGUGAUGAGGAGGGGGCGGUGGUGGAAGAUUCGCCUCGUGCUGAUCGAAAUGUACAGAUUGAGGAUUUGACAGAUGUCAAAUAUUCUUCAUUUUUGAGUUCUGAUGGGAGCAUCGCAAUUCAUGCCGGUGAAAGGUUAGGACGUGGUAUUGUUACUGAUGCAAUAACUACCCCAGUGGUUAACACAUCUGCUUAUUUCUUCAAGAAGACUUCUGACCUUAUUGACUUCAAGGAGAAAAAACGUGCGAGUUUUGAAUAUGGGCGCUAUGGGAACCCCACUAGUAUUGUUGCAGAGGAAAAGAUAAGUGCACUGGAGGGUGCUGAUGCAACCUUGUUAAUGGCAUCUGGAAUGUGUGCUAGUACUGUAUUGUUGUUGGCAUUGGUUCCUGCUGGUGGGCAUAUUGUAACAACAACAGACUGCUAUAGGAAGACCCGGAUAUUUAUUGAGACAAUACUGCCUAAAAUGGGAAUCACGGCGACAGUCAUUGACCCAGCUGAUAUUGGAGCUCUAGAGUCUGUGCUAAAUCAGAAGAAAGUGACUCUUUUCUUUACCGAGUCUCCAACAAAUCCAUUCCUGAGAUGUGUUGACAUUGAGCUUGUUUCGAAGCUUUGCCAUGAAAAAGGAGCAUUAGUUUGCAUAGAUGGGACGUUUGCAACUCCCCUUAACCAAAAGGUCCUUGCUCUAGGGGCUGACCUCGUUGUGCACUCUGCAACAAAAUAUCUUGGUGGCCACAAUGAUGUUCUUGGAGGUUGCAUCAGUGGUCCUGAUAAGUUAGUUUCAGCAGUUCGUACCUUGCAUCAUAUCCUGGGUGGUGCUAUCAAUCCUAAUGCUGCGUAUUUAAUCAUCAGAGGCAUGAAGACGUUGCAUCUCCGUGUACAGCAACAGAACUCAACUGCACAAAGGAUAGCCGAAAUUUUAGAGGCUCAUCCAAAGGUGAGGUGUGUCUAUUAUCCAGGCUUGCCAAGUCAUCCAGAAUACCAUCUUGCAAAGAGACAAAUGACUGGUUUUGGUGGGGUGGUCAGUUUUGAGGUUGAUGGGGAUCUGCUAACUACUGCAAAAUUUGUUGAUGCUCUAAAAAUUCCUUAUAUUGCUCCAUCGUUUGGAGGUUGUGAGAGCAUUGUGGACCAACCAGCAAUUAUGUCUUACUGGGAUCUUAAGGAGUCAGAGAGAGCUAAGUAUGGGAUCAUGGACAACUUGGUUCGAUUCAGCUUUGGAGUAGAAGACUUUGAAGACUUGAAAGCUGAUAUUCUUCAGGCGCUGGAGUCCAUGUAGGGUGUCUUACCUGCAACCUGAUUUCGUUUUCCCUUGGAUCGUUUUCUUUCCACUAGCUUUGAACUUCUUUUUCAUCUCUAAUUAGUGGAGUAGUCACUUCCCCCAGUUGUCAGAAUGUAUUGAAUGGAUCAUUGAGCAGCUGAUGCAAUCCAAUGUCAGAGUGGGAUGUUA